AACUAUUUUCAGAUCGGUACGGCUGGGUCGAAUCAAACCAUUUUGUGCAGCUCUACCGCUAGACCCUCAACACAUCCGUGCUUCAAUCUUUUUCAUCUCAAAGAUAGAGAACUUUACAUUAUUCGAACCUUUAAUUCAAUCUAUCUCUAUUCAGAAAUGAAGGGUUGCGCGUUACCGAGGGAUCUGCUUAUUGAGAUCUUGGUGAAGUUACCGGUAAAAUCUCUUAUGCGUUUUAAAUGCGUGUGCAAAUAUUUCUAUGAUUUGAUAAAGAACAAUCAGCACCUGAUACACAAAUUUUAUGAAAUUAAUAGAGAGAAAUAUCAGUGUGCUAUUAUAGAGCAGCCAAUUGGAUCUAUUAACCGCCCUAAUCAAAUCUUCAGCCUGCUUUACCAGGAACCCGAGUCUAAUGAGAUUGAGUGCAUCUCCGUAGAUUUCCCAAAUUCAAAGACAAGAUUUGUAAGUUGUUGCCAUGGAAUGCUGUGUUUCAUUCUCGGUAAAGGUGAUUUGGUUAUCCGUUGGAGUGAGAUUUCUGAAGAUUUGAGUUUCGAUGUUCUGCUAUGGAACCCAUCCAUCAGGGAAAUCAAAGCCUUGCCGUCUAUUACUGUGCCUAACAUCCCGCCCCCUCAAUUCCCUGUUGCAUAUCUUAUGUUUGAAGGAUUUGGAUUUGGGGUUUCUAACAGCAUGUCUUGGAAGGUUGUCAUGCUCUGGCAUUUCGCAAGCUGUGCGGUCGAUAACGAACCUAAUUAUGAAUUCGUUAUGGUUUGCAGCCAAGUUGGUGAUGGUUCAUGGAGCUGGAGGCAAAUUGAUGCUCUUCCAAAUGUGCCUGUGAUGUCUUAUCAAGAUUUUUAUUUCCAGGGGAAAUACUAUUGGCGGGUACAACAAAUUGGUGAUGAUUCUGUGGAUUUACAUCGGUUGUUGUGGUUCGACUUGGAUGAUGAGGUAUUUGGGACGAUCGAGUUGCCGGCCAGAAGGGAACAUUUUUCAUUUACUGUGGUAAAUGAGAGUAUUGCUAUGAUUUGUUGUUGUCCUCCAGAGAAUAGCAAUUACAUUGAGAUUUGGCUAAUGAGGGAAAAUGAAAAUGUUAACGAUGUGGAUUGGCAUAAACAGUGGAGGAUAGAAUGUGGAGCAAGCAUUGACAAGCAUGAGUAUUGGAAUCCAACGGGGUUUGGAACCUGGGAUGAAUCUUGGUUCCCUAUUGGUAUUUGGAGUCUGAGUGGUCGUUCUCAUUUGCUUGCAUUUCCUUAUAUGAGCACUUAUCGCAGGGACAGUUCACUUGGAGGUUUUCCGGAUGGAGAAAACUAUAUACCAUAUUUAAUUUCUGUUGAUUUGGAAACUCAAGAAAUGAAGAUGAUUUACUUAACUCUAGAAAAGAAGUGUGUUAAGUUUGUUUCAAACUCGACAGGGUAUACUCAAGUUUACAAGGAAAGCAAUAUUGAUAUAACUCAAGAAUGGAAGGAUUGUAAGAUAUUUCCAAAACAGACCUCCUAUGCAAGAGUAUGUAGUCAAAGUCUACAACUGAUGUAGUAAACACAUACUUAUCUUUGUAAUGCUUAGUUUAGCAGUUGCAACAUGAACCUUUUUGUAAGUUUUAUUAAUAUGUGCACUACUUUGAACAAGCUAAGAGUUAUGUGGCUUUACUUGGGAAAAUAAGAUUCUGAUUCAGUGCAAUCUUCAAGUGUAGUGUUAAUCGUUCAGUGAAUCCUUGUACUAUUAUAAAAAUAUCUUGUUGAUACUUAAUACUAGUAUUAGUGUGCAAACAACUUGCUAUAAUAGCAAAUCG